UAAGGGGUCCGUCAGUGGAAAGAAAGAAAAACCUUAAUCGGCGCCUUCUAUAUCACCCCCUCCGUGAAGCCCGAAAACCCUCAGUAUUCAGUUUGGUUUUUCGAUAAAAUUUAGAUUUUCCGAUCAAUGUCCAGUCAAAUUUCCUGAAGACGAAUCAAAACUCUCUGAAAAUCGAUCUCCGUGGUAGUUGCAGUUAUUGAUUCAACAAAACGUACCGCUGUUCUCACUGCGGCUAUUAGUGGCAAACUAAACCAACUCAAAAAUUUGAUUGCAAAAUAUGAUGAUGGAAGUGGGUUAGGAAAGACUGUGAUGAGUGUGAAAGAUGAUAAUGGAAUAGGAGUUAUUCAUUUUGCUGCUGUAGAAGGGAAGUUAAAUGUUCUCAAAUACUUGAUUGAGGAAUUGAAACUUGAUGUCAAUAUGAAAUUUAAAUGUUCUAAAGGUAUGAAGGUAUGAAUUGAAAGGGAGAUCUCCGUUGUUGCAUGCAACAAUGGCUGGGCAUAUGAACAUUGUUGAAUAUCUGCUUGGAAAGGGUGCUGAUCCUAAGACAUCAGACCCCAAAGGUUAUAGUCCUUGGCAUUGCGCUGCUGAAAAAGGAUACAAGGAUAUACUUACCAAAUUACUCUCAAAAGGUGUUGAUGUAAAUGCUGCUUGUGAAAAUGGCACACCCCUAGCUAAUGCUGCUGCUCACGGGAAACUCGAGGCGAUACAGAUUUUGUUGGAUAAUAAUGCAAAUCCUGAUUUAUCUUCUGGCCGUUCGUUUACACCACUGACGGGGUCCAUUGUAUCUGGUCUACCCCAAUCAUUGCGAUGCGUCGAGCUUUUACUUGAGGCUGGUGCCAACCCGGAUGGUGGAUCGUACGGAGUAACACGUCUGAUAGCUGCUGCAAGUGAUGGGUUAACAGAAAUCAUCAAGCGCUUAAUUCAAGCUGGUGCUAAUCCAGAUGUUACAAAUCGUUAUGGACUCACACCACUAGAAAUUGCCGCACUUAAUCGUUGUUAUAAUGAUGUUGAGAUUCUUUUCCCCGUUACUUCUCGUUUACCGGAAUGUGUCGAUUGGAACAUUGGUGGAGUAAUUAGACAUGUACAGUCUGAUCAAGCUAAGGAACAGAGGAAACUGAAAGUCAGGGAGAAGUUUGACGAGGCAAAGUUAAGCGGCGCAGAUGCAUUUAAGAAACAGGACUAUUUUGAGGCAAUGGUUCGCUACUCACAGGCAAAUGAAAUUGAUCCAUAUGACGCAACUAUACUUUCUAACCGGAGUAUGUGCUGGGCCCGCUUGAAAGAAGGCGAGGAGGCUUUAGAAGAUGCCAAUGCAUGCAUAUCGCUAAGGCCAGAUUGGCCUAAGGCAUACUACAGGGAAGGUGUAGCGUACAACUUACUAAACAAGUACACUGAUGCACGAGGAGCCUUCCUCCGUGGUUUGAAGUUGAGUCCUGAUAGUCAAGAGCUUAAAGAUGCAUACAGGGAAGCUAUUGCAAAUUCCAUCAAGUGAACAAUAUCUUUUCUGAAAGAGUAUAUCUGUGGGAUUUUAGACAACUUUCUGAAUGGAAUUAACUUCAAAAUAUGUACAGUGUUUUUUUUAGAUUAGCACCUUUCUGAAUUUUUUCAAUAGCUGUACCUGUUUUGAUGCUUGGAACAUUAAGUUGUUUUGCUUAAUGAACCAAGGACAUGAGUCGGAGGGCUUAAAUCUGUAUAUAUCUAACUUCAAGAUGCAAGACCUAUUAUCUGGAAACAAGUAGUUUCAUGAAUCUAAAGACUUAAAAAGGCUCGGACAAA